UUCACAGAGAAACACACACUCACUUUCUCUCUCUUAUUUCCUCACUCUCCCUAUAUAUAUAACUCAAUUCUCAGUGCUCAACACUCCACACAAACCCAACGGCAAAGAGCUUACAGCACACACCCAUUUCUCUCUUUCAUAACCAUGUCUUCUUCUGAUCAUAGCCCCUUGAUCCCUGAAAAAAUGAAACGUUUAUGUUUCGGUGAGGAACAACCCAGAAACACUGAACCUUCAGCUGCUGCAGCUGGAAAGAGAGGGAGAAAGCCUGGUACUUCCAGAACUCCCAAGAACAAGGUUCCACAGAGAGGCAUGGGUGUGGAACGGUUGGAGCAAAUGAGGGUUCAAGAGUCCUUGCAGCAGGCAGCUGCAGCUGGAUUGGUGGUGCUGCCGCCGUCUCAGCCGCAGACGCCGCCAACGCUCGUCCACCACCACCACCAUCACAACUCUCCAUUGGGUUAUGGUGCACCCUCACCACCACCCCAUGUUGCCUAUGGUGCCUAUGGUUUGGAUCACUACCCCAAACCAAUGAUCCAUGCUGGCCACAGCAGCAUCAGCACUUUUGGGGUGGUGAGUCAUCAUCAUCAGGGUCCUAAUUUCACUACUGAGGGUGUUGCUGUGGCUGCAACUUCUCCUGGGUGGUCUGUGCCUAAUCAUCAUCAGCAUCAGCUCAACAGGGUGGUGGGGCCCUUUGGAUCUGGAACUCCAUUUGGGGUUGGAAGCCCUAUGGAGACCUCCAAGGAGCUCUCUUCAAUACCAAAUCUUCUUCCUGCUGCAAGAUCUGAACCCCUUGCUUUUGGCCCGGAUAAUGUUUUCUAUGCGGACACUGCAAGAGGAUCAAUUGUAUGGAGAGGAAGGCCUGAUUCCGAGCCAUGGAUUAGAGUCGCGGAGGACGGAGGUUAUUACCGUGAAGAGCCUGCGGAAUUAAUUGCUGUACACCAGAACGGAAGCUCUGAAGUUAUGAUGGAAUAUGAGUUUCUCCCAGGAAAAUAUGGCAGGGACACUAGUCGCAAGGAGCUGCAAUUUGCAACAAUAGGUUCAGGUUCAGCAGGAGGUGAAGCUGGUUCUUCUUCCAUCAUCACUACUGUUGCAGCAGACUAUGGAGAUACUGCUUCUAAUGCUCUUGAUUUGUCUCUUAAGCUUUAUCACUAGAUAGAAGAGGGCUGUUCAAAAAAAAAAAACUAGAUAGAAGAGGGGUCCCUUUCUGUUUUAUUGUUUUCUUAAGUUCAAGUUCAAGCGCACCUUUAUUUUCUGCCUAUUUCCUUUUGUUGUUAGACUAAUACAUAGCUGAACAAUUCUAUGUAUGCCCUCCUUUGGAACAUUAAAUUCCCCUCUCAGAUCCUUCAGAAGAUUAUGUCAUUUAAUGUUUGAUCUAUCCAAUUUGUUUCAAUUCUCUUAA